GGAGGAGCUUAUAGUUUGAGCCAAGUUUCACAUUCAAAAGCCGGCAAGUGCAGGGAGAGGGCAGCAGGAGAAAAAGGCAGUGUGGAGAAAAGGAGGAAGCAAGGAGAAAGGGACAGCUGUCAGGGCAAGAAAGUGAGAGAGAAGAUAAAAGGCAAAAGGAGGCAGCGACGGUCUUGUGCAAAGGAGGAAGAUCAAGGAGUAGACAGGCUACAAAAUGGCAUUGCUCCUGUGGCUGGGGUCCCAGCUGUCAUCCAUCUGGAGCAACAUCUCUAUACUGGCAAUUUUUCUUACAGUGUUUACUUUACUGCUUGACUUUAUGAAGCGCAGAAAGAAGUGGAACCAUUACCCGCCGGGCCCAGCCUCGCUGCCAUUCGUCGGGACCAUGUUCUCCAUUGACUUCCGCAACCCCCACCACUCCUUCAACCAGCUUCAGAAGAAGUUUGGAAACAUCUUCAGUCUCCAGAACUGCUGGACCAACCUGGUAGUGCUGAAUGGGUAUAAAACAAUGAAGGAAGCCCUAGUUCACAAAUCAGAGGACUUUGCUGACCGGCCGCACUUUCCAAUAUAUGAACAUGUAGGCUAUGGAAAGAAUUCUGAAGGGAUUGUUGUAGCAAGAUACGGGCACGUCUGGAAGGAGCUAAGGAGAUUCACACUCUCUACACUGAGGAACUUUGGGAUGGGAAAGAAAUCCCUGGAGGAGCGAGUGGUAGAGGAAGCUGGAUUUCUUUGUUCUGCAGUCAUGUCUGAAGAAGGUAAAUCUUUUGAUAUACAUGUUCUUAUAAAUAAUGCUGUCUGCAACGUGAUCUGCACCAUUGUCUUUGGAGACCGUUUUGACUAUGGUGAUGAGACCUUCAACAAACUGUCACAGUUAUUUCAAAAUUCCUUUAAUGAAGAAACUGGAUUCCUGCCUCAGCUUCUUAAUGUGGUUCCCAUUUUGGUGCGCAUCCCUGGAGUGCCACAGAAAGUCUUUCGAGCACAAAAGGAGUUAAUGGACUUCAUAGAUGGGGUCAUAGAUAAGCAUAUGAAGACAUGGGACCCUGCCUACACCCGAGAUGUCACGGAUGCAUUUUUAAAGGAAAUGGAGAAGGGUAAGGCAGCUGAAGAGAAUGGCUUCCACUAUAGCAACCUUCGUCUGGUGGUUCUGGAUUUGUUUACAGCUGGUUCGGAGACCACCUCCACCACUCUCCAGUGGGCAUUGCUGUAUAUGCUUCUCCACCCAGAAAUACAGAGUAAGGUCCAGGCAGAGAUUGACAAAGUGAUUGGCAGAGAGAUACCCCCCACCAUGAAGGACCAAGCAAGCAUGCCUUACACUAAUGCUGUGAUUCAUGAAGUGCAACGCUGUGGGGAUAUUGUUCCUGUUGGGCUACCUCACAUGACAUACCGGGACACCGAGUUGCAAGGCUUCUUUAUUCCCAAGGGGACGACAAUCAUCACCAACUUGUCUUCCGUGCUGAAGGAUGAGACAGUCUGGGAGAAACCAAACCAGUUUUACCCUGAACACUUCCUGGAUGUGAAGGGGCAAUUUGUGAAACCAGAGGCCUUCCUGCCCUUCUCAGCAGGUCGCCGUGCCUGUCUGGGAGAACAGCUGGCCAGGAUGGAGCUCUUUCUCUUCUUUACAACUCUCCUGCAGAAAUUCACUUUUGUGCUGCCUGAGGACCAGCCCAGGCCACGGGAGGACGGUCACUUUGCACUCACGAACUCCCCACACCCAUAUCUGUUGCGAGCUCUCCCAAGAUAAGUGCACACCACUCUCCUUUUAUUCACAGACCACCACCCACCCAAACUCUGUCAGAAACAUUGAAAGUCUAGGCAGGAUUGUGCCAAGUUCAGUCUUAAAUCUGUGCAGAAAUCCACAUCUGUGUAAAGUAAGGAUCUAGGCCAAUAUCUUGUUUAGCUUAAUUCUAGUUGUGGUUCUUGAAUCAGACAAGAGAGCUUCAGCUUCAACAAGGUGACAUUAAAAUGUAGUUUAAGAGUAGUGCUUCUGAAAAAUCUUACCAUCCAAGACAUACAUGCCCCCUUCAUUCCUUCCUGUUCAGUACACUCUCCUGUAUGUUGAACAAGUAUUGCAUUGUCUUAAUUUAUAGCCUCAAGGAAAGUAAGUUUUAAUCCUGGCAACCCUUAUGUCCCACUAUGCCUCCGGUAGGAGUAAAUACCAAGGAGUACAUGGAUAAUCCAUAUGGUAUUUCAGCCACAGAAGAAGAUCAUUUGUUAGGGAAGAUGGAACAGGAAAGCCUUAUAAAUAUGACUGCUUAGAUUUUGGGAAUAUAAAACCUACAAGUGAGACAGAAACGAAGGCAAGCUUUGAGAUGUAAGAUACCGAGCCAUCAACUACUGAACAAUGGUGUAGCUAGCUAAAGGCAAUCCCCCUUGAUUAAACAAUGCCCUCCUGCUUGCCAAGGGUGCAGGGAAGAGCAUGGUAAGGUAAUGAUUCCUAUAGGCUGUAUGUAGAUGCUGUAAGAUUUGUAUCUUGCACUGGAGUGGUUAGUGUAAAUUAGAAUAUUUAACACAGAAGGAAAUUUAUUGUAUUGUAACAAGAACUUCGCUCUCUUUUCUGGCUGCUAGACCUGUGGCUAGCAGCUCUAAGCAGUGCCCUGGCAGCCAUGCCCUAUGCAAUAAACCGCAUGUUCACAGAGCUGCCUUGUCUCUAGAGGUAUCUCAUCUACCUCCCGUCCAUCUCGUGACUCUCCUACAGUCAUUUGUGAAAUACAGAAAUUUAGAUAAAUACAUUUAAAGAGAAAUCCCGGUGUUUAGAUUUACUAUCUCCUCUAAUUAAAACCUUUUUUUUUUUUUUUUGGCAUUACAUAAAGUCAGCUCUGGGGCAGGUUUGGAACUCACAAAGGGAUGGAGUUAUACUGUUUGAAACUAUGGCCAUAGAUUUCAGUUACCUUUCUCUUUCUUCCUUCAAUAUUCCUGACAAAUUGUUUUGCAAGAUGUAAAGAUAUGUUGAUGCUUAAAUUAGCAGUAGCUCCCCUACCACAUCUAAAAAGACAAUAGCACAAUGGAGCUCCUAUGUACAACCAUGUCCAGUGGUAAUUUUGUGUAAUAGUAAUUUUGGAAGCUAUUGAAUUAUACAAAUACUUAUUAACAUAAUUAAGAUUUGAACUUCAGCAGGAACUGCACAUUUAUGCUUUUCACCUACAAAGUUACUUCAAAGAAUAAAUGUAAUGUGAAAUCUUCUU